UGGCCGUAGUGAGUGAGUGGAAAGCUGAAUCUGCCUGCCUGCCUGGGAAUUUCGUUUAAGCACGUCAGCGGCCACUGCCAUGGCUGAACGCCGCGCCUUCGCCCAAAAAAUCAGCAGGACUGUGGCAGCAGAGGUCAGGAAGCAGAUAGCUGGCCAGUAUGGAGGCUCCCCACAACUCUUCAAAAACCUCAACGUUGGGACCACAACAAGCAACACAGUUCCCCUCACAGAGGCAGUGGAGCCAGUGGAUUUUGAGGAGUACCUCAUCACUCACCCUCCCAUUGUUGAGUCAGGUCCCCUGAGAGAUCUGAUUGAGUUUCCCCCAGAUGAUAUUGAGGUCAUCCACACACCCAGGGAGUGUCGCACAGUGGCACAAGCCGUCCCUGAGGAAGGGGACACUGAUCCUCAUGUCAGAGACUGUGUCAGAUCCUACACAGAGGACUGGGCUAUCGUCAACAGAAAAUACCACAAGCUUGGUACGGGCUUUAACCCCAACACUCUGGACAAGCAGAAGGAGCGUCAGAGAGGCCUGCCCAAACAAGUGUUUGAGGCAGAUGAGUUGCCAGACAGCAGCACCUACCAGGAUGAUCAGGAUGACCUGAAGCGGCGGUCCAUGUCUAUAGAUGACACCCCACGUGGCAGCUGGGCUUGCAGCAUUUUUGACUUGAAGAACUCCCUCCCUGAUGCCCUCCUCCCUCACCUCCUUGACCGUGCCCCCAAUGAGGAGAUAGACAGGCACAAUGAAGAGCAGCGCAAGGCCAACCGCCACCGUGAAGUCUUUGCUCUGCACCCCGCCCUUGAUGAGGAGGAACCCAUUGAGCGCCACUGUGUGCCUGAAGUACCUAAAGAACACUUUGGUCAGAGGCUACUUGUCAAGUGCUUGUCCUUGAAGUUCGAGAUCGAAAUUGAACCCAUAUUUGCUAGUUUGGCCUUAUACGAUGUCAAGGAAAAGAAAAAGAUAUCAGAGAACUUUUUCUUCGACCUAAACUCUGAGCAGACGAAGGCGAUGCUGCGUCCGCACAUUCAGACAGCAGCCAUCUCCACGCUGGCACGCUCUGCCAUAUUCUCCAUCACCUACCCCUCCCAGGAUGUCUUCCUUGUCAUCAAGCUGGAAAAGGUACUGCAGCAAGGUGAUAUUGGAGAGUGUGCUGAGCCCUAUAUGGUCUUUAAAGAGUCAGAUGCUGCCAAGAAUAAAGAGAAGCUGGAGAAGCUUCGCGGGCAGUCAGAGCAGUUCUGCCAGCGUCUUGGCCGCUACCGCAUGCCCUUCGCCUGGACUGCAAUCCACCUGAUGAACAUUGUGAACAGUGCUGGCAGUCUUGAGAGAGAUACGGAGCUGGAGAUGAGCCUCUCAGAGAGAAAAGGAUCAUGGUCAGAACGUAGGAACUCGAGCAUCAUGGGAAGACGUUCCCUGGAGAGGACCACCAGUGGAGAUGAGUCAUGCAGUCUAACAGGUUUUAGACCUGCAACACUUACUAUCACUAACUUCUUCAAACAGGAGGGGGACAGGCUGAGUGAUGAGGACUUGUAUAAGUUCCUAGCCGAUAUGAGAAGGCCUUCUUCAGUGCUGAGGAGACUCAGACCCAUCACAGCCCAGUUGAAGUUGGACAUUUCUCCCGCUCCAGAGAAUCCCCACUAUUGUUUGACGCCUGACCUUCUGCAAGUUAAACCUUACCCAGACAGCAGGGUACGCCCCACCAGGGAGAUCCUGGAGUUCCCUGCCAGGGACGUCUAUGUGCCAAACACCACUUACAGGAAUCUGCUGUAUGUAAACCCUCAGAGUCUUAACUUUGCCAACCGCCAAGGCUCUGCCCGCAACAUCACAGUCAAAGUGCAAUUUAUGAAUGGAGAGGACCCAAACAAUGCAAUGCCGGUGAUAUUUGGGAAGUCCAGCUGUGCAGAUUUUGCUAAAGAAGCCUAUACUGCUGUGGUGUACCAUAACAGAUCUCCUGACUUUCAUGAUGAAAUCAAGAUCAAGCUGCCUGCAUCCCUGUCGGACCACCACCACAUUCUCUUUACCUUUUACCACGUCAGCUGCCAGCAGAAGCAGAAUACACCACUGGAGACCCCUGUGGGAUACACGUGGAUCCCCAUGCAGCAGAAUGGGCGUCUGCGGACUGGACACUUCUGUCUGCCCGUGUCUCUGGAAAAGCCUCCACAAUCCUACUCUGUUCUCUCACCAGAUGUUCCUCUCCCAGGAAUGAAGUGGGUGGACAACCAUCGAGGAGUAUUUAAUGUGGAAGUGGUGACUGUUUCAACCAUCCACACACAGGACCAGUACCUGGAUAAGUUCUUUGCCUUGGUACACGCCCUGGAUGAGCACAUGUUCCCAGUUAGGAUAGGAGACAUGCGCAUCAUGGAGAACAACCUGGAGGCUGAGCUCAAGUCCAGCAUUGCGGCGCUCAACUCUUCCCAGCUGGAGCCAGUGGUCCGAUUCCUUCACCUUCUACUCGACAAGUUGGUGUUGCUUGUUGUGCGGCCACCAGUCAUUGCUGGGCAGAUAGUGAAUCUGGGCCAGGCAUCCUUUGAGGUCAUGGCAUCUAUAGUGAACCGGCUUCAUAAGUACCUGGACACGAGCCAGGACAUGCAUGGCCGCAACGGCCUGCUGUCCUCUUACAUCCACUACGUCUUCCGCUUGCCCAGCACUGAUCCCAACUCACCCUCCCCAGACUCCAACUCAUCCUUAACAGGCCCGGGAGGGUUGGGAGGUUCUGUUCACUAUGCCACCAUGGCUCGCUCAGCUGUUCGACCAGCCAGCCUCAACCUCAACCGUUCCCGUAGCCUUAGCAACAGUAACCCUGACAUCUCCGGUACACCCACCUCUCCUGACGAUGAGGUCCGCUCCAUUAUUGGCAGCAAGGGCUUAGACCGCUCCAACUCGUGGGUGCACACCAUGGGCUGUAAGAGUGCCCCCUGGGGAUCCAGCCCUGGGUCCGCUCCAGAAACCAUGCAGGCCAUGGAGCGCUGUGGCAAUCGCAUGUCUUCGCACACUGAGAGCGCCAGUUUCUUGCAAACUUUAACAGGACGGUUGCCCACAAAAAAGCUCUUCCAUGAGGAGUUGGCACUCCAGUGGGUGGUAAGCAGUGGUAGCGUCAGGGAGGGCGCACUACAACAGGCCUGGUUUUUCUUUGAACUUAUGGUGAAGAGCAUUAUCCACCACUUGUACUUCACUGACCGCUUAGAGUCACCCAGGAAGAACCGUUUUCCAGAACGCUUCAUGGAUGACAUUACAGCCCUGGUCAGCACCAUCGCUGGCGACAUUGUGUCUCGCUUCCAGAAGGACCUAGAAUUGGUGGAGAGACUAAACACUAGUCUGGCUUUCUUCCUCAACGAUUUGCUGUCAGUCAUGGACCGAGGCUUUGUUUUCACCCUAAUAAGGGCAUACUGGAAACAGGUGUCCACAAAGAUUUACACUUUGCAGAACCCAACCUUGGAGUCUUUGAGGCUUGAUUUCUUGAGAAUCGUUUGUAGCCAUGAACACUACGUAACCCUCAAUCUGCCCUGCAGUCUGCUCACCCCGCCUGCCUCGCCUUCCCCGUCUGUCUCUUCAGCAACUUCACAGAGCUCUGGGUUCUCCACACAUGUCCAGGACCAAAAGAUAGCCAACAUGUUUGAGUUGUCUGUCCCCUUCAGAGAGCAACACUAUCUGGCUGGACUGGUGCUAUCUGAGCUGUCCGUAAUACUGGACCCAGAAAAUGAGGGGAUGUUUGGCCUACAUAAGAAAGUGGUGAGUGUCGUUCAUAACCUCCUGUCAAGCCAUGACUCUGACCCACGCUACGCCGAUCCUGAGGUCAAGGCCCGAGUUGCCAUGCUUUACUUGCCUCUAAUUGGCAUUGUCAUGGAAACACUACCACAGCUCCAUGAUUUUACAGAGUCCCAUAACCAGUGGGGUCGGCCAGGCGGUCCCCAGGGGGCAGCGAUGGGUAGCAGCGGAGAAGAGGCAGAGGGUGAGGGUAACAGCAUGAUCAGCCAGACUGUCGCCAUGGCAAUAGCAGGCACCUCCACCGCCUCCCCAAUGUCUCGACCAAGCAGCUUCUUGCUCAACUCGCAGGCGAGUCGUCAGCACGGUAGCUUCUCCGCCGAGUCAAGUCGUAGUCUGCUCAUCUGUCUGCUGUGGGUGUUGAAGAAUGCUGAUGAGCUGGUGUUACAGAAGUGGUUCACAGACCUGUCAGUGUCUCAGCUCAACCGCCUGCUGGAUCUCCUUUACCUCUGCGUGUCUUGCUUUGAGUACAAGGCCCAUGUUGUGUUCACCAUGCAGGGGAAGAAGGCAUUUGAACGAAUGAACAGCCUUACCUUUAAGAAGUCCAAAGACAUGAAGGCCAAGCUGGAGGAGGCCAUACUGGGCAGCAUCGGGGCCAGGCAGGAGAUGGUGCGACGCAGCCGGGGACAGCUAGAGCGGAGUCCAUCUGGCAGUGCUUUUGGCAGUCAGGAGAACCUUAGAUGGAGGAAGGACAUGACCCACUGGAGACAAAACAGUGAAAAGAUGGACAAGACCAGAGCAGAGCUGGAACAUGAAGCACUUAUUGAUGGUAACCUUGCAACAGAAGCCAACAUAAUUAUUCUUGAUACUUUGGAGAUCAUUGUACAGACGGUAUCAGUGACCGAGUCAAAGGAGAGUAUACUGGGUGGCGUUUUAAAGGUGUUGCUCCACAGCAUGGCCUGCAACCAGAGUGCCCUCUACCUCCAGCAUUGUUUUGCCACACAGAGGGCACUGGUGUCUAAAUUUCCUGAACUUCUGUUCGAGGAAGAAACGGAGCAGUGUGCUGAUCUGUGUUUGCGAUUGUUGAGGAGCUGCAGCAGCAGCAUAAGUACCAUCAGGUCCCAUGCCAGCGCCUCCCUCUACCUCCUCAUGAGGCAAAACUUUGAGAUUGGCAACAACUUCGCAAGAGUGAAGAUGCAAGUGACCAUGUCUCUGUCUUCACUGGUGGGAACAUCUCAGAAUUUUAACGAGGAGUUUCUGCGUCGCUCUCUAAAGACCAUCCUCACCUAUGCAGAGGAGGACCUGGAGCUGAGAGAGACCACAUUCCCAGACCAGGUCCAGGACCUUGUGUUUAAUCUGCACAUGAUCCUGUCUGACACAGUCAAGAUGAAGGAGCAUCAGGAAGACCCUGAGAUGCUGAUAGAUCUCAUGUACAGGAUUGCAAAGGGUUACCAGACGUCCCCAGACCUGCGGCUGACAUGGCUUCAGAACAUGGCUGGAAAACACUCGGAGAGGAACAACCACGCUGAGGCUGCUCAGUGUCUGGUGCACAGCGCUGCUCUGGUCGCAGAAUACCUGAGCAUGCUGGAGGACCGCAAGUAUCUGCCUGUAGGCUGUGUCACCUUCCAGAAUAUUUCUUCCAACGUGCUAGAGGAAUCUGCAGUCUCUGAUGAUGUGGUGUCACCAGAUGAAGAGGGCAUUUGCUCAGGGAAAUACUUCACUGAGAUCGGCCUUGUGGGGCUCCUGGAGCAGGCUGCUGCCUCUUUCUCCAUGGCGGGCAUGUAUGAGGCUGUAAACGAAGUGUAUAAGGUACUGAUCCCUAUCCAUGAAGCCAACAGGGAUGCAAAGAAGCUAGCCACCAUUCAUGGUAAACUACAGGAAGCCUUUGGCAAAAUUGUGCAUCAGAGUACUGGCUGGGAGAGGAUGUUUGGUACGUACUUCAGAGUCGGAUUUUACGGUUCAAAAUUUGGCGACUUGGACGAGCAGGAGUUUGUGUACAAAGAGCCUGCCAUCACGAAGCUUGCGGAAAUCUCUCACAGGCUAGAGGGUUUCUAUGGGGAGCGAUUUGGAGAGGACCAGGUAGAAGUAAUAAAGGACUCCAACCCAGUGGACAAGUGCAAGUUGGACCCAAACAAGGCAUUCAUCCAGAUCACAUAUGUGGAGCCGUACUUUGACACGUACGAGAUGAAAGACCGCAUCACUUACUUUGACAAGAACUACAACUUGCGACGUUUCGUCUACUGCACCCCUUUCACACUGGAUGGGCGGGCCCAUGGGGACCUGCACGAACAGUUCAAACGCAAGACCAUCCUCACCACUUCACACGCUUUCCCUUACAUCAAGACACGCAUAAACAUCAUCCACAAAGAGGAGAUUAUAUCCACACCCAUCGAGGUGGCAAUAGAGGACAUGCAGAAGAAGACUCAGGAGCUGGCCUUUGCCACCCACCAGGACCCUGCUGAUGCAAAGAUGUUACAGAUGGUUCUACAGGGAUCAGUGGGCACAACUGUCAACCAGGGUCCUUUGGAGGUAGCUCAGGUGUUCUUGUCCGAGAUCCCCAGUGACCCGAAGCUGUACAGACACCACAAUAAGCUAAGGCUCUGCUUCAAAGACUUCACAAAGAGGUGUGAAGAUGCCCUGCGAAAGAAUAAGAGCCUGAUUGGUCCAGACCAGAAAGAGUACCAGAGGGAGUUGGAGAGGAAUUAUCACCGGCUGAAAGAGGCGCUGCAGCCCCUCAUCAACAGAAAGAUCCCUCAGCUUUAUAAACCUGUGCUGCAGGUCAACUCGCACAGAGAUUCCUUCAGCAGAAUGAGUCUUCGCAAGCUUGACUUUUAAAGAGGAAGAGAAUACAGGCACGCACACACACACGCACACACACACACACACACACACACACACACGCAUAACAGAAAUUGCAAUAUUAAUUUAUUCUUGAGUGUAAAUAGGAGUUGGUCAGUGUUUCGGAGCGUGUGCUAAAAGACAGGCUAAGGUGUUACAGUUUGGUACGUCAUUCCAGUGUCUUAAUUUGUUUACAGACAAACUUACACAAUGAGAGGGACGAACAAGUGGAUCUUAAAUAUUAAAAAGAUACCUUGGCAUUUAGAAUUUUUCUUUGCUGACCAUUUGUCGUCACACAAGGGAGCAAGUCUUUAUAUUUGUCCCUAUGUUACCAUUAAAAGAGCUAAUAUUAGCCUUUACUUUUGAAACCAACAGAGCGUUCUUCAUAUUCUGUGGCCUGUUAGUUUCCAUCAAGCAGAUUCUGAAAUCCCUUUAGCGGUUAAAGUGCCAAAAAACUUUUUUUUUUUUCGCCACAUUUUUACGAGUCUGCAGAGAAGAUUUUAAAAAUCAAGGUGUCUAUUUAAUUAUGUACUGUGUCAAAAAUCUGUAUUAAUUUUCAUGUGUGCACUUUUUUUAUCACGGUGUAGCAAUGCAUUUUACAACUUGAAAGUUUAUGUAAUUCAAAAAAAAAAACAUGCAAAAAAUGGUACCAUUAUUUAUCAUGAUGCUUUAUCGUUUUUAGUUGAAAUAAUGUUUUAAAAGUUAGGUACUUCAAACAUACUUGUAUAAUUUUAUGUAGUUUUGUUUUGUUUUAAAUAUUUUACUAAAUAAAUAUUUUAAUGUUCAGUUGGCGUACGCUGGUAAACCUCUUGCUUCCUAAUGUGUUUUGUGUUUAUAAAGGAUUGUUAUGUUGGAGACAACAAAUCAGUAGGAUGUAAGAGUAUCACUAUCUUUGGCAACAAUGAAAAGGACUGGCAAAGGACUUGUGAAGGUAAAAACUUUAUUGCUGAUAGUAUGAACCUGCCAACAUAAUAGAAUAACAGCUGGAAUGAGGUACAGUUUAAAGGAGACAACACUUAUUGAGGCUGUUGUCACAUCACAUUAAACCAGAUCUAUAAGCACUUUGUUAAAUUCCAAAACUUGCUUUGGAAACCUUUCCCAGUUUUAUGAUUUAUAGCGAAAUAAUAGCCCGUAGGUGUUACUCACAAAGCACAACUAGAUAACUGAUUCAAUCCCUGAAACUGCCUUUCAAACAGUCUGCUGCAUAACCUGAGAUGAACAGUUUCACCUGUACUGAUAAUUUUACUCCAUAGGCGUAAUACUUACCAUAUUUUUCACACCUCAAGAUGUGCAAUAUUAUUAAUUACCAAAAAAACACUAAACAAGCACAAAACUAUAAUCAGUAGGAAAGUCAUUAGAGCAUUCACAGGAAUAAGUUCAUAAGCUAGGAACAAGUUCUGAGAGCAAAAUCGAAUCACACAUUUUCUCCAGCUUGUUUGGCUGAUUGUGAGCACCUGAACAUUUGUGAACAAAAAGACAUGUUGAAAUCCGGUUGCUGGGAUCAGAUUUGUCUGGAAAAAUGACCACACCUGGGACAAGCGUAAUAUUUGAGUGCGGUAGAAUGUUAAUUCACUGCAAGUCAAAGCACUUAGUUCUGCAAUGCUCUGUUACAGUUAACACAAUUAAUACAAACUGCUGACAGUGGAAGUAUGCAGCUAUGAAAUAGGCAAGCAGUCAGAUCCAUCCCGCUCAGAUGUCUUAAAAUUGGUUGCACAUGUGACUCUUCAAACUUGUUAUAGUCAUAUGAAUCUGUCCCUUUGCACUCUCAAUUUGUGCUUGUUUAAUUGUUUUGUCUUGACCAAACUUUAACAGAUCCUGUUCUCUAAAGAACAAGUGCAAAAACAGAACUGAAAGCGGGUCAUGCUGUGGGAGUCUGUCUCACUGAGAAGGUUAGAUUUACUCUGUAUACUAAACCCUCCUGUCUUUGACCCUUCCCUCUCGCCGAAUUAAGCAACAAACCCUUAAAUAAACAGAUCCACAUUUGCACAUGCAAAUUGUUAUGAAAGACUGACAAGUUUUUCAUAACCUUGCUAAAUGUGUUUUGACUCAACAUGAUAGCUUAGUAUAGAUAUAAAUUUAAGAGUUUCAUGUAUCUUCACUCUUGAAUUGGCACCUUGAAAAGGCUCCUGAGUGAGAAAUAGCUGCUGCUGAGCACCCUGCAGAAACUGAGUAUCACUAGUACCAACAAAAUAUGUACAGGCUUGGUAUAUAAUAGAUGCUUAACAUUUUAGUGUGUUUCAUGUAAAAAUGUGCUGUUACAAAAUCUUACAAGCCAGGCCAAUACUGUAGGCUUUUCCAGCAUAGAUUCCAUCAAUUUCAGGCUUCAGAUCUAUGAAACAGUGUUCAUGUUCGUAUGCAAAAAUGUUGGAGUCAGUGCAAAAGGUGAGCAAAGGCUUUUUCUUAAACCUGCAGAAUAUUGUUCACUAACAUCAUGAAGCAUGUUAUGCAUUGCUUUGCAAGUAGAAAUGAUUUGUCUUAUUUGGCUUUUAGUUGAGUAAUCUAUUCCAAAUAUACACAGCACUGACAGUGUUCUAUAAAAAAUGAAAUUAAAAAAAGUACAACAUUUUGCAUUUUCAUUCGAUAAAAUUUUAGUCCAAAAGUGCUUUUCCAAAUUGUAAAAAGGAACUGUACAAACAUAACUGAGAAAAGAAAAAACACAUGCAACUGUUUACAAAAGGUAAGAGUCGCACCCAAAAAAUGUUUCUAAAGGUUGAAGUCAUCCCUGGCAUGUAGAAAAUUAAAUCCCCAUUUGUCAGAGGGUUUCUAAAUAUGACCAAAUUGGCUCAUGGACAUUUGAGGCGAGUCCUGGAAUACGAGUCCAUGAGGUCUAAAUAUCUUUGGUCCCACAGUGAGACCACAGUAUAGCUGUGAGGUUUUCUGGGCUGAAAAUUAUCUCUAGUUCAGGUGCUAAUAUGGCAGCCACAGUAUUUUUUGGCACUGUUUGUUGUAUUGCAAAAUACAACUGUCCUCUGUCUGGGUGCUCAGCUGCCAAAAAGCCUGACAGGCACAACCCUCCCCCUUGUGUUCAUGUUAGUGCGCAGGUUCUUGCAUCCUUCUGUAGAACAGCAGGUAAGGUGUCGAUGAGCAGCAUUUGUCAGGAGAGCAGGCUCGCAGGAAAUCCUCCUCCUCAAACAAACGCACCUCAGAGUCAUCGAACAGCAGCCAUUUGCCCUCAUAUUCAAGGAGGUUGUUCAAAGCCUGCUGCUCCGUGGCCUCCACCCCACCACAGGAAGUCAUCGAUGCCUCCUCUCCUGCUGCAGCCUCAGACUCCUUUUUAAGUCCUGCUUCAGUAUUCUGGCCCAGGCUCUUGAUGGUUUUUCUCCGUUUGGAUCCCUCUGUUGCUCCACUGCUGGCCGCUUUCUCUGUGUGUUUGCUGUUCCCAAGGUCACAACUAGACAAACUCCUCUGGCCCCCCAAGAGUCCAACCCCCCCCUCUGAUAGCUUCUUGCCUCCCGCUUUGCUGCUAGCCAAACUCGCACCUCUCUGUCCCCUUGCAUUCAGGCUGAACGACACCUCCCCAUCAUCGUAGUCCAGCUCUUCAUCUUUCACCCGCAGUCCCUCCUUACUUUCCUUCUCCUCUUCCUCCUCCCCCCCCAUUUCUUUUUUGUCCCGCAGCCAGAGCUUCACAUCUUUCAGAUCGGACAUGCGGACGUAUGCGGUAUAGUGGCCGCUGCUGAUGGUGACGCCACUGUGCAUGACCACGCCAAACAGCUCAUAGUGUUGACCCUUUGUGGAUGAGGGUCGAGUGCACCACUCGUCCAGAGACAAGGUCAAAGGCGUCUGCAAGGGAGUGUUCACUUUAGACAGACCUGCAUACGGGUCCAAACUAGGAAGGAAAGAAACCAGGAGAGGAAGGGAUUAAUACCACACAUCUAUCACAAUCACUGUAUUCAAAAGGACAAUUCUGAAUUUGGCUGAGACAUUUCCUGUGUAAUACCAGACUUUAUUGUAUGAGAACAUUAUUUAAAUCCACUUGUAUAAAUAGUGUUUUAUUGAUUAUUUAUCAAUACCUAUUUGAUUACAAUGAUGUUGCCAAUGUGAGCAAACAAGCCAAGCAGCCUGUGGUUACUACUGUAACCACUGAGGGCAAAAUCAGUUCCUUAUUCAAAUAUAACAAUUUAAAUUUUUAUUUAGGAUACAAUUCUAGUUUAAAAUCCAUUUUUAAAAAUGCCAAGUGCAGUUUUUUUUUAUUAGUCUGAUUACCUGUUAAUAACAAAUUUUUCUCUCAACUUGCUAUUAGUGUAAGCAUGUUCUACUUAAAAAUGCAACAACAUAUACAGCACAUUUUUUCAGAUGCAGACUUAAGCUGAUGAUACACGGAGCAACUUUUAGAGCAAUGGUGCUGGGCAAUGUUGCUGUCAAUAGUAAUGAUUAAAGAUUACAACUGUAAUCCCCCCCGUCCCGCCGCUAUCCCUUCAAAACAUAGUUGGACUUGCUACCAGCAAGAUUGCCCAGCAACAUUGCUCAAAAAGUUCAACUUUUUGCUCCCUUUAAAACGUGUAUUUCUGUCAAUAUGUGGCCACUGCAGGACAGAAGUUACUCUACAGUAUUUUAGAAGACAAUACUGAAAAAAAGAAGAAAAAAACCGACUGAAAUACAAAAAAGUUAAAUGUGUUGACAAUUCAUCAACUCACUCUAAACUGUUGGCAGAGAAGCGCUUCAGGUGAAUUGUGAUUACUUCAGGAGUUUUGUUAAACAGCAGACUUCUCUCAGCCUCUGUGUAAUGAUGACAGGUCUCACAGAAGUAUUUGUCCUCCCCAACGAUGCGCUCCACUGAAGCAAACUGGGUGAUGGCCCAUUUCAGAGUCUUCAGCUCUGAUUUAGGAUCAGGAGAGACUGUGAAGAGAGGAGACACCAGUUAUUGGAUCAAUUAUUUGGAUAUAAAAUACUUUAACAAUGAACUGGGCAAGGUUUUCAUGUCUGUUUGCAAUGUAACUGCUGUUUCUGGUUAAACAAAAUGGAUCUUAUGGUGGCGGUGUAACUCAGUGCGCAGCCAAGUUGCGCUUAAGCGUAGUAAUACAGAGCUUCUACAAUUGAAAAAUGUAGUUGCAAAGGAAAUGGCUGUCUGACGGCAAGGUAAAGCACCAAAAAUAUUGUAAAUAUAGUGUACACUUGAAGUGGGUUUUUUUGGUGGCUAAAAUACGAUUUGCUGCUGCCCUUGUCCACAGCAGUACAUUCCUUAGCUUCUGUGCUGGUACAACUCUGCUUCCCCAAAGUGGGGGUGCCCUGACAGCCAUCUACUGCAGGUAAUACACUGACUCUGUCUGAACCUCAUACAGCCACACUUCAGAAAAUCCCAAACUACCCCUUUAAAAUGAGCUGCAACUAGGUAAAAUUACUGGUUAUCUCAAUGGAGUAUGGUUGGCUGUAACAUGGGUUUAUUUUGGUCCAAGAUGAUGGUGCUCUAGAGUGACAUUUAAUGGCAGUGAAAUGUCACUUACAGCUCCUUUAAAUUAUUAGCUAGAUUGUUUGCAAUAAAUAGAUUGUUUUUUGAGGCAAAGAGCUGUUGUUAAAAUCCUCACCCUCGGAGGGGUCGUCUGGGCUGCUGGGUUCAUCAUCGAGCACUGGGACACUGAUGUCCUGGAAGUCCUCUCUCCUCUCUGUGAAGCUCUCACACUCCAGACAGCGAGUCCUCAGAACCAGUUGGCCUUGAAACAAGCGCUCCAUCAGGUCCAGACCAUCUGAAUAUAACAGAAAUGGCUGAGUGAUCUGUUAUUUUAUGACUGAAAACAUAUGCAAUGAAUUGGUCUGAUUUCCCAAGCCAGAGGUUCAACUGAGUGACCAGGAGUCAAAUUUUUUCUGUUUUCCCUUCUUACUCUUUAACACUCUAUUCCAACUGUUUGAAAGCUGCUUUUAAAAUAAAAUAACCCAGAGAGAGAGAACACUAAACCAACAUCAUAAGAAGAAUAUUUUGUACAUUUUAAAGUUAAAUGCAUUAAUUUGGUGCAAAAUUUUUUAUUUAACUUUUAAUGGACACCUGUAAUAUGUUUUGUAAUCUUAUUUCCAUACUGGACACCUUAUUUUGAAAACCAGACGACGUCACGUGUAUCCUUGUCUCUCUUCAGCUAGGACUCUCAUACUGCAACACUUGUCUUUGUAAAGUGAGAAACUGACAGGAUAGAAGUCACUAACCUGCCUGUCAGCUCGCACUGAUCCGUUUCAGUGGAUUUACCAUAAAGGUUUUAAUACGUGUGCACUCCAAAUUUAGGCGCGGCUAGCUUAAUUGCCUUCUCUCUAACGCGUGACAGAAACAGACCGUUAACGUUACCGUAGUUACCUCGAAAGAAAAGUGGUUGUCUUGAGUCGGAUGCCAAAGUGUGUGAGCGUGCGAGCUUACAGUAGCGCCCACAAAACACAAUUUUAGGUGUCUGAAAUGUUAUUAUGGAGAUGUGUAAAAAUAUUUGUUUCAUUUUGAAACUAUGGCGGAACAAAUUAGAUUGUGGUAGGCCAUGGUCUCGUUAAUUAAUGGGAAACACUGGUUACCAACCUGUCAGUUUAUCAGUUUGGUAUUUAUCAAUUCUACUCAAUGAAUCCCUCAUUUUCUGCACCUGGCAAAACAGAUCACCCAUAUUAAAAUUAUUUAUAAGUUUAAAUAUCUUUCCCAUGUCCCAUUCCUCAUAUUAAUAAUGUAAUACCUUGAUGUUUCAUUGCCUUCUUGUCUUCAGCCAUAUCUUGUGGUGAUCUCUCCUCACUGGUCUUCUCAUUCUGACUUUGUUCGUCCGUCAGUCCGUCCUCCUGCUCUGGUCUGUUUUGGUUCUUCACAAUCAUGGAGCUGAUCUUCCCCACGCUGCGGAACUUGGAGAAGAUACUUGGUUGUUUCCCAGAAGGCCUCAGCCAGCUCAGCCUAGUUUUCUUCUUUCGUUUCCCAUCUGCCUCUUUAGAUGCCUUAUCACUUUUCCCCUCACCAUCACUCCCGCCUCCUUCCUUCAUAUUCAGUUUCUUCAUCCCUUCAUCUUCUCUGUCUUUGUCUUGGGUGCUGUCAACUGUGAUGUCACUGGAGGACCUCCUCUUGGAGCGAGUGAGAGGUUUAUUUCUAACAACAGCAUCUUCGUCAGCAUCGGAUUUCUUGGACGUGACAGAUUUUGGCUUCUUUUUGGCAUUUCCCACUUCGGUGUCACUCUUUCUCUUGCCACUGACUUGGCCGUCCUCUUCUGUGGUAGUUUUGGAUUCCGCGGCAGAGCUGCUGGAACCCAAUUGGACUCCAUUCUCAACUUUAACUUCAGUCACAUCCUCACCUUCCCUCUCCAACUCCUGCUCUUUUCUGAUGGUUUCACAGGCCUCUUGAAUAUAUCCCAGGAUGCACUGCAGCACCUCUUGGGCAUCAUGCUGAAGAUAACCUUCAUACAUGGGGUUCAGCUGCCUGCAAACACAUGUAGAGCUGUUACAAUUAGUUCACUGGUGGAAAAAUAAUUAAUGAUGAACUUUUGCCUGUUUCAGCUGUAGUGGUAUUCUGAGUUUUGAUUGUUGCUCAAAAUAACUUUGUAAUUUUAACAUCAGUUUGGGUUUGACAACUUAAAAUGGGCAUCAUUUGGAUUUUUAUAGACUAGAGCAAUUAAAUUUAAAAAUCAUAAAAACAAUCAUGCAUUUAUCAAAGCAAUGUGGUCAUACUCAUUUCUCUGGGAAGCAGAGCUUCAUGCUCCUUGAGAAGCUGUUAAGUGGUAAUUUUCAUUUUAAAUACACACUUGUGCAUUUAGUUGUUUUUUGAUUACAAAAAUGUCACAAUAGUGGUGAUAACAGACGGUGGUUUAAGAAAAUGUUUCAAAAGGUUCAAAGUUGUACUCAUGUAUGUUACACACAAACACAACCUGUUUAGGAUUUUUCUGUACCAGAAAAGGCAUGGCUUUGUCCUACACUGCUCAUUAAUCUGAGUAGUAAUGAGCUACUUUACCACAUGAAUGUAAGACAGCCAUUUAGGUACAAUUUAAAUAACCACAUCAUUACCUGAGCGUGUUGAGUAUUUUACGAGGCGGUGUGGCGAGUUCUCCUUCACUGAAGCUGUCGGGGUUUAACAGGAAGCUGGACUGCAGCUGCUCCACAGAUGUAAUCAGACUGUUGAAGCUCCCAAGGAGCUCAAUUUGAGCUGGCAACGCCUCGGCUGCAACAUCUGACUGCUGAGAAUGUGGUUGAAGAAAGAAAAUAUACAAAUAAAAAGUAAAUGAAUUAUCUUUUAAAUUUACCUUCAUAUAUAAUAUAUAUCAAAUUGACAGAAUUACAAGAACACUAGUGUUUGAUUGUACUAUAAUAACGGCUCUAAAUUUACAUGUGCAAAGCUUAUGAUUGUUAGUGGUGUUUACUGAAUAUUGUAAUUUCUGAAGCCAUGGUUUGCAAGUGUACUUUUUUUUUUUUUAAAUAAAAAAUGUUAUUUGUAUUGCACCGA